GUUAGCCGCGGUGCUGGGGCUCGGGAUUCCAAGCGGAGCUGGUUGAGCCCUCAAAGUCCCUCACCGCGCUGGCUUUGGGGGGGUCUCCACUGGUGUCAAUACAAAAGAGGAGCUGAGCAAAGCGAGAGACUCCUGCUAACCAGGGACAUGGACAUGAAGAAAAGGAUCCACUUAGAGCUGCGGAACAGGACGCCCUCAGAUGUUAAAGAACUCGUUCUUGACAACUGUAGGUCAAAUGAAGGCAAAAUUGAAGGACUCACAGAUGAGUUUGAAGAGCUGGAAUUCUUAAGUACAAUCAACGUAGGCCUAAGCUCAGUUGCAAACUUACCAAAGUUAAACAAACUUAAGAAGCUCGAACUAAGCGAUAACAGAAUCUCAGGAGGACUGGAAGUAUUGGCAGAAAAGUGUCCAAACCUCACGCAUCUAAACCUAAGCGGCAACAAAAUAAAAGAUCUCAGUACAAUAGAACCUCUGAAAAAAUUAGAAAACUUGAAGAGUUUAGAUCUUUUCAAUUGCGAGGUAACCAACUUGAACGACUACAGAGAAAAUGUGUUCAAACUCCUCCCACAACUCACGUAUCUCGACGGUUAUGACCGGGAUGACAAAGAAGCCCCAGAUUCCGAUGCAGAGGGCUAUGUGGAGGGCCUAGAUGAUGAAGAGGAGGAUGAAGAUGAAGAGGAGUAUGAUGAAGAUGCUCAAGUAGUAGAAGAUGAAGAGGAAGAUGAGGAGGAGGAGGAAGGAGAAGAGGAGGAUGUGAGCGGGGAAGAGGAGGAAGAUGAAGAAGGUUAUAAUGAUGGUGAAGUAGAUGAUGAUGAAGAAGAAGAAGAAAUUGAAGAAGAAAAGGGGCAGAAGAGAAAACGAGAACCCGAAGACGAGGGUGAUGAAGAUGAUUAAACUGAAUAACCUAUUUUGAAAGUUUCCUAUUGUGAUUUGACUGUUUUUACCCUGUAUUCUUCUCCCCUCCCUCCCCCCCCAACUUAUUUUUUUUCUGAUUGUAAUGUUGCUGUGGGAAUGAGAGGGAAAAGUGUUUUGGGUGGGCGAGGGAAAAUACUAUUUUUACUGCCACUCCUACUUUUCAUUUUUAAAAUUUUUUUGUCCCUUUUAGUUCCUGACUGUAAAUGCAAUAGUAAGUAUAAACCAAGUGGCAAUUUGUUUCUUAUUAUUGGAGUGGAUAGUUUGACAUCUUAAACUUAAGAUCACUAGAGGAUAUCCAAAGUAGGCAUACAGUCUGUUUUGAGACGGCUAAAUAUCUCUGGUUGUUGGGAUUUACCAUCUCUGCCAGUCACUAAGCAUAUUGUAAGCAUUUUUUUGGGGGGGAUGCUGCAGAUCUAGGCAAAGCAUCCAGUCCACAGCAACAGGAGUGAGAAUGGCAUAUUGAUAAAGUGAUUUCUUUGUUGCCUGUUUGUGAAUGACUGCCAUUUUCAGCCAAUGCUUUCCCUGCUUCUGUAGGUAACUCUUAUUUUGCUGUUUGUAAAUAGUGACCAAAUGUGUUUGUUUUUCCUUUUGUUGAGUUCCUUUGGAUCUGGUUUAUGGGGUGACUACUUUGCAAUCCCCCUCUGUGUGUUGUGUUUUGGGGGGGGUUUCCUUUCUUUUUUUUUUUUUUGGCCUGGGGUACAGCCAAUACACUGAAAAUGGCAGGCAUUUAAAUAUAUAUAUAAAUAUAUAUAAAAAAGUGUUCCUAAUUCCUGAGUUACUAGUGAAAUGAAUUUGCAAAUUGUAAUAAAAAAAUGUUUCAACCCUUUUAAA